AUGGGUGGUGAAGGGAAGGUGGUUUGUGUUACAGGUGCUUCGGGGUACAUUGCUUCAUGGCUCGUUAAACUGUUGCUUGAUCGUGGCUACACCGUUCAUGCUACCGUCCGAUCCAUUGAUAACCAUUUUCAUUGUUAUAACCAUUUGAAUUGUUGUAUUUUCAACAUAAAUAACGUUGCAGAUGAUCCGAAAAAGACAGAACAUUUGCUUGCUCUUGAUGGAGCAAAAGAAAGACUAUCUUUGUUUGAAGCUAACUUGAGUGUAGAAGGCUCUUUUGAUUCUGCAGUUAAUGGCUGUGUUUGUGUCUUUCAUACAGCAUCGCCUGUUACGUUCUCAGUUGAUGAUCCAAAGGUACAAUUGAUAGAUCCUGCAGUUAAGGGGACACUUAGUGUUCUUAAAUCAGCUGCAAAAGUUCAAUCUCUCAAGAGAGUGGUGUUGACAUCUUCAAUGGCUGCGGUAGUGAUUCGCUCUGGACAACCAGAGCAUGGUUUUGUGAUGGAUGAAACCUGGUUUUCAGAUCCGUCAGUUUGUGAGCAAAAAGAGUUGUGGUAUCAUCUUUCAAAGACCCUGGCUGAGGAUGCUGCUGUUAAGUUUGCAAAAGAUAAUGGCUUGGAUUUGGUGGCUAUUAAUCCUGGAUUUGUGAUCGGUCCCAUCUUACAGCCAACUCUCAACCUUACCUCUGAGGCCAUUAUGGGGUUGAUAAAGAACGGAAAAGAAGUGUUUUCAGACGGAAUUUAUAGACUUGUUGAUGUGAGAGAUGUUGCUACGGCACAUAUUUUAGCUUUUGAGAACCCGGAAGCUAAUGGUAGAUACUGCAUGGUUGGCGAAGUGGUUCGAUCUCUUGAGAUCAUGAAGACUAUGAAUAAGCUAUACCCGAGUUUUGGCCAAUCUGAAAGGUAUAAGGACAGCGAGUGUGUUGAACCUCUACCUUACAGUGUAUCAAGGGCAAAAGUGGAAAGUCUAGGUGUUAAUUUUACACCAAUGGAGGUAAGCAUCAAGGAUACUGUUGAAAGCCUCAAGAAGAAGAACUUGUUAAGCUUCUAG